AAUAGGUCCUAGGAAUAGGGCUGUUGAUCAUCAUCUCCUUGCGUGUUGACCAUGUCUCAAGCUCGAGUCUCCACUAAUUUUGCUCUAAUCAAGGCUGAAUGGAGCAAUCCAACAGAUGUUCUUACCAUACUCUCGGUCAUCGGUGGUGAUAUUGUGCAAAGCGCAAUCGCUCAACUCUGUUCUUCACCCCCAUACUUCUUUACUCCUGUUGCAUUUUCAUUUGGCUGGGUAGCCUACGCAUUCUCUGCCAUUCUUUGUGCCAUUGGGUCUCGUCGCUUGGCACCGGACCCUGACUGUCCCUGCACCCUCAUUGAUGUUAGCACUGGGCACGCCCGCGAUGUCAAAUCCUGGCCUCUUUCACGCCUUGUCCGUGACUACGAAUUCCCCGGAGAGACCCCUCGGGGCCUCACUGUCACCUUUUACGAGACCUCUCCAAACAAGCGCUGUGGGGUACCUGAUUGUGAUUGGGUAUACUAUAGUGGGUUUAUUGUCAUUAUGCUGCAGCUUGCCGUAGCCAUUAUACCCGGAGCAUUGUUCGGCAAUUGGAUGAUUAUUAUCGUUACCGCUAACGGGCUACUCCUCGUCCAAGUCCAAGCUGCUUUGCCUCAAUGGCAAAAGGAGCUCUGGAGUGCACGUCAUAUUCAGGAAACACAGACAGAGGUCGUGUGUCUCACAAAGGGGAAUGGCGGUGCAUAUGUGAUGGUUAUCAAAAGUAAAGGGGUUAGGGACGCUGAGCUCAGACUGGCAGAUCUUGCUUCAGGAAGAGAAGUGACUUCGAGGACAACAGUACCGCUGACGUUCUUGCUUGCCAUUUUCUGGCUGAUACAUCUCUUUUGCAUGACUGGUGUGGUCAAUAACUCCUGGUACUCGCUUCUCAUCGGUGCGCUGGGUAUGCUGCAGAAUGCCAUCGCUUCUGGCGCACGUCGCAAGCCUGGAGCUUUGGGCUUUCAUUUGAAACAAGUGCACGAAGUACACAACAAUAAAGUCUUUGACGCACUGAAGGAGGCAGAGGAGGUCGAAAGGAAAGUAGGAGUGGUGUUGACAGAUAUUUUCUUCCCGGGUGGUCUACGGCAUGACGAAGAAGUAUGGAAGCGAGAAAGGAUAGCCGAGAAUGCAACGAAGAAGUAGGAGCAGG